UCUCAUCAAGAGCUAUCCGCUCAGCAGGUCUGUUCAUAUUUACUUGAUUUUGGAGAUCAUUAUACCAGUCAUACUUUCAACAAUCUGUAUUGGACCUCUUUUGAAAGAGGUCCCUCUCAGUAUAUAGACUAUAUAUUCCGUGGUCGAGAACUUGAAAGACUGCCACUAUGGGAUUCUGUUGCACAAACAGAAAAGGUAAAAAACAACGCAAAAAACACAAUGAAGGAUGAAUCCAAAGCAGAUCUUCCAAUUGAAUGGAACAAUAUGCUAACUGAUCAAGCUAAAGAACGUCCAAAAAUAUCUUUUGUAUCAGCGCACCCUCAAUUUGAAUCUCAUGUUCUUCAUGUACGACUUGUGCAAAAUUGUUCUAUUCCUGUGCCUAUUGGACCAUGCAUACCAUGUCGAGAUCAACCGAAAGUUUACCCUAGGUACUGUCGAUUGAUGUUAAUAUUAUUCAAGCCCUGGCGUUCUGUCUUAGACCUACGUUCUCAUGGUCAAAGUUGGGAAGAAGCAUUCGAACAGUUUCGUGAAGUUGCAGAUGGUCAGUUACUGCAAGUAAUGCAUAAUACACAACUUUUGCAUGAAUGUCGUGAUAGUCGUGAUGACCAU